GACGACGUCAAACACGCCCAGAACGGGUAUACGCCUUCCCCAGUGUUAACCAUCGAUGGCGUCCCAGCACUGGAGUUUCUACAAAAAGCAUCCGUCAAUAUCGUCUUGUCUCACGAUCCCGACGCUCGGUUUAACGGCAUGUUUCGAAGCCUCGCCACUGACACAAAUCUAGCUUAUGCCUCACCCGAACCGUUCGCACUGAUCCUCGGCGAUACAACCAAGGUCACGUGCCAAAAUGGUACCAGAUUUGAAUUCAGCAAUGCCGCCCGACUCCGCGCAAACUUCACCAAGAUCGCCUCGGGCGCCGAUCUGUACGAUGUUUAUGGCCGUGGCGACUCGACCGACGAGCGGCCUCUCAACGCCAGGUUCUACCAACUGGCAGAGCGAAACUACAUAGCCGCCUUCGUAGGUUAUCCCAAACCCUUCAAGUCUACCAGGCACGUAGCAGGCUUUCUGCCAGAGAGCUCCGAGUUCUCGGACAUAGCCGUGCUCGCUUUGAAUAGCUUCAAUGAAGCGCCUAACCUGGACCACGUCGAUCGGUCCAUGAGCGUUCAACAGAGAGACUUCUACCAAGUCGUAGUUGACUCCAUCAGCGCUGCUAAAGCGGCCAACCGGACCAAGCUCGUCCUUGACUUCCAGGGCAACGGCGGCGGCCUCACCUCCAACAUCAUGGCCCUCUACUUUGCCCUCUUCCCCGGCGAUACCCUGCCCGUCCUCUGGCAGGCCCGCGCCCACCCCCAGUUUGCCUGGCUCGGCAAGCAGGCCUGGGAUCCCACGUCAUCUAUAGGCCAAUGGCCGGUGUACAACAUGAUGAGGCCCGACGGCAAGCCCUGGUCCUCAUUUGAAGAGCUGUACGGGCCCUUCCCGGAUGCCCCGGCCGGCCAAAAACGAUGGGGCCAGCACACCCACCCGGCAAUUGAAAACACAACGUCCGUCCUCCGAUCCUUGACUGAUCAAUGGCCCCUCCCAGACGGGUGGCAGUACCAGCAGCCAUGGACUACGGCACCGUUCCGCCCCGAGGACAUCAUCAUCGUCACGGACGGGCAGUGCGGCUCGGCCUGCGCUAUCGUAGUUUCGAUCCUGGCCUAUGCCCACGGCGUGCGCACCGUCGCCCUCGGUGGCCGUCCGCUGCGCGCGCCAAUGCAGGCCGUCGGUCAAACCAAGGGAGGGCCCUCCAUGUACUUUAUGUCGAUGCCCGACUUUGACCGUUCGCAGGUGCCCGAGGGUUUGAGACUGCCGCCCGACAGGUUCACGUAUAGGCCGCCGCUCAGACUCGGAGGGUCUCAGGCCACCGAGCUCGACGAUUUAUGGGCUAUGACUGUGACGUUCAAUGUGAAUGAUUUGCUGCCGUACAAGGGGAACGCGUCGGAAUUGGGACAGGGCGAGGUGCCGUUGCAGUUUCGGUAUGAGGCGGCCAACUGCAGGCUGUUUUAUACCUGGGAUAUGGCGAGGAAUAUGACCGAUGUCUGGAAGGCUGUGGCGGGGGUUACUUGGGGCGGGAAGAAGUGCGCGCCUGGGUCAACGACGAAUGCUGAUGGGACGAUUGGGGGUGUGCCGGGGUAUACCAAGAUGGUUGAGGAUCAGUAUCGUCUGGGAAAAGGGGCUGGGGCGCUUGGUGGGAAGUGAGACCGUUAUACCGGAAUCCUCAAUUUCAGUACGAAUACGGCCGAGGGAAAUAUUCGAUAAGAAGCGGCACAGGCAUUCCAUUUCUUUCAGACAGCUUGGGUGACUUGUCUUACCCUGGCGGACCAACUUCUCCCUGGUUGCAAUUCUCAUCCGUUUGCCAAACAGCCAUAGAGGCAUAGUGACCAAGCCAAAAAGCCAUAUCAAUAUACCAAAGAUGCUGAACGCCUCGGCCGCCCCUCUGUCAUGGACCCAAGUCGCGGCGGUCCGGCAGCUCGGCCAGCGCGAACAAGAUGUCACGCCGCAAGCCCUUGUACGUCGCCGGCCACUGCAUCCGGUCCAUCCACGGAGUUGACGCAGCGAAUAUGUCGCCACCUCCCGUGUCUCGG